AUGGCCACCAACGUCGCCGGCAUUGAGGUACUUUUCAAGCCCGCAAACCGAGAUUUCAGUCAUCGUUGGAAGCAAUUUGGUCCAGGCAAAGAAGUCCUCCCAAAAGGAUGGCGGAAGGCAGAAGGACGACGCGCAUUGACCGAGGACUUGAUCUUUGAAAGAGAUGUUCGUGUCCCUCUGCGUGACGGCGCGAUAAUUUGGGCCGACGUUUUUCGACCUGUGCGGUCGGACAAUCAACCUGUUCCGGCCAUAUUGGCAUGGAGUCCGUAUGGAAAACAAGGGAAUGGUUUCCAGAGCCUUGAUAGAGUCCCUUGGCGGGCUGGAAUACCAAGAGACUGGACUAGUGACCUGGAGAAGUUUGAGGCCCUGGAUCCGGCGGAAUGGUGUUCCCGAGGUUACGCCAUUGUCAAUGUGGAUUCGCGGGGUGUCUUUGAUUCUGACGGAGACAUGUACAUGCUGGGAACGCAGGAGGGGCGAGACGGAUACGAUGCCGUCGAAUGCAUUGCUUCCCAGCCGUGGUGCAAUGGAGCCGUUGCGUUCGCCGGCAACUCAUACCUCGCUGCCGCCCAGUGGUUUAUCGCUGCGGAGCGACCACCUCAUCUGAAGGCCAUUGCUCCCUGGGAGGGCAUCGCAGACUACUAUCGUGAACUGCUCGGCCGAGGUGGCAUUCCGAACUAUGCCUUUGUCGACUAUCGGGGCAGUGGUUACUGUGGGAAGAACCGGCAAGAAGACACAGGUGCUAUGAUCCGUCAAUAUCCCCUGUGGAAUCAGUACUGGGACGACAAAAGUGCAAAGUUCGCUCAGAUAGACGUGCCCAUCUACGCAUUGUCGAGCUUCUCGACGAUGCUGCACACCGAAGGCACGUUGAGAGGGUUCUUGUUCUCGUCGUCCAAAGACAAAUGGCUACGGAUCCACCACACUCAGGAGUGGUAUGACCUGUACCAGAAAUGGGCAAACGACGACCUACAGAAGUUCUUCGAUCGCUACCUGUACGAGAAAGCCAACGACUGGGAGUCGACGCCCAAAGUGCGGCACAGUCUGCUCGGUUUCAACCGCGACUGUGUGGUGAAUAGACCCGAAGCAGUCUAUCCACCCAGCUACGUUGAGCAUCGGACAUUUUUCCUGGAUGGCGCAACUGCAACGAUAAGCGAGAGCGGCGCUCCGCCCGGCGAGGCGUCUUCGAUCAGUUACCAAUCCGACUCUUGGGACGACGAUGGCGCGCACUUUGUCCACAAAUUCAACACGUACACGGAGCUCAUCGGCUAUUCCCAGGUCAAGUUGUACAUGUCCUGCGCCGACGCGGACGACAUGGACGUCUACGUGAUUUGUCGAAAACUUGACGCCGAGGGCCAGCCAUUAAUGCAAGUCAACAUCCCCCUCGAGGCUCUCCCGGCAGGAACUAAGGCCGACGACAUUCCCAAUCUGAAUAUCUUCAAAUACUUGGGCCCCAACGGUAGACUUCGAGCUUCUCACCGGGAGCUCCGCGCGGACCCGACCCUCUCUGAGGAACAAGUCGCGAUGCUUGCCCCCGCGAUGGCGUGGCAUCCUCAUGACAGUGAGGACAAGAUCCAGCCAGGUCAGAUUGUGUGUCUUGAUAUCCCAUUGUGGCCUUCCGGGAUCAUUUUCGAGGCCGGGGAAUCCAUCCGGCUGGAAAUCAAGGGUCAUGAGGUGACAUUGCCGGAGUUCCCGGCGUUGGAUCGCGCCGCGAAGAAUUUGAACCGCGGCAAACACGUAAUCCACACCGGACCUGAGUGUCCUUCUUCGAUAGUGCUUUCCCUGGCCUCGGGGAUUUCUGCUAGGGAAAGCAAGGAAUGA